GCAACUCAGAAAAGUGACCCCGAACGAAAAGCAACCGGCCUUCGGCGGAGAGGUCGUGCCGUGCUCUUUACCGACAAACUUGCCCCGACCUGCAGGCCUCUGCCUGUUCUAGGCGGAUCGCCGCUAUCGGCGCGCCACAGCCUCACAGCCUCACGCCAGGCCGGCCCCUGCGGCCGCUCGGAAAACGCGGCGAGCGGAACCCGCACGCGGAAGCGCCGGGCGCACUGAGCAUGCCCAGUUGCAGAGCCGACCAGAGGAGUUUUUUUCUUUUCUUUUCUUUUUUCUUUUUCUUUCUUUUUUUUUUUUUUUUUUGGUCUCAAGCAGCAGGCCUUCUCCCCACCCCCACCCAAGCCCCCCACCACCCCCGGCCUAAGCAGCUACCAUGGCCGAGGUCCCCGGCGCGGUGUUGUCCCAGGCGGGUUGGUAUCUUUCAGAUGAAGGCAUUGAAGCGUGCACAAGUUCUCCUGACAAAGUCAAUAUAAAUGACAUCAUCCUGAUUGCUCUCAAUACAGACUUGAGAACAAUUGGCAAGAAAUUCCUCCCCAGUGACAUCAAUGGUGGAAAGGUGGAAAAGCUUGAAGGUCCAUGUGUUUUGCAAAUUCAAAAAAUUCGCAAUGUUGCUGCACCAAAGGAUAAUGAAGAAUCUCAGGCUGCCCCAAGAAUGCUGCGUUUGCAGAUGACUGAUGGUCAUAUAAGUUGUACAGCAGUAGAAUUUAGUUACAUGUCAAAAAUAAGCCUGAACACACCACCUGGAACUAAAGUUAAGCUUUCAGGCAUUGUGGACAUAAAAAAUGGAUUCCUGCUCUUGAAUGAUUCUAACACCACCGUUCUUGGCGGUGAAGUAGAGCACCUUAUUGAGAAAUGGGAGUUACAGAGAAGCUUGUCAAAACACAAUAGAAGCAAUAUUGGAACCGAAGGUGGACCACCUCCUUUUGUGCCUUUUGGACAGAAGUGUGUAUCUCAUGUCCAAGUGGAUAGCAGAGAACUUGAUCGAAGAAAGACAUUACAAGUUACAUUGCCUGUCAAACCUCCAAAUGAUAAUGAUGAAUUUGAAAAGCAAAGGACUGCUGCGAUUGCAGAAGUUGCAAAGAGCAAAGAAACCAAGAUAUUUGGAGGAGGUGGUGGUGGUGCUAGAAGUAAUCUCAACAUGAGUGCUGCUGGUAACCGAAAUAGGGAGAUUUUACAGAAAGAAAAGUCAAACAAAUCAGAGGGAAAACAUGAAGGUGUCUAUAGAGAACUGGUUGAUGAGAAGGCUCUGAGGCACAUAACAGAAAUGGGCUUUAGUAAAGAAGCAUCAAGGCAAGCUCUCAUGGAUAAUGGCAACAACUUAGAAGCAGCACUGAAUGUACUUCUUAACAGCAAUAAACAGAAACCUGUUACGGGUCCACCUCUGAGAGGUAAAGGAAAAGGCAGGGGGCGAAUAAGAUCUGAAGAUGAAGAGGAACUGGGAAAUGCAAGGCCAUCAGCACCAAGCACAUUAUUUGACUUCUUGGAAUCUAAAAUGGGGACUUUGAGUGUGGAAGAACCUAAAUCACAGCCACAGCAGCUUCAUCAAGGACAACACAGAUUGUCAAAUACUGAGCAAAAUGGAGUAAAAGAUAAUAAUCAACCAAGAUAUCUUCCUCGAAAUGAUACCAGACAGCCAAGAAAUGAAAAACCUCCUCGUUUUCAAAGAGACAUCCAAAAUUCAAAGUCAAUUUUAGAAGGCAGUGGAUUACCUAGAAACAGAGGUUCUGAAAGACCAAUUACUUCUUCAGGAUCUGAAGUAUGGGCUGAAGAGAGAAUCAAGUGUGAUAGACCAUAUUCUAGAUAUGAUAGAACUAAAGAUACUUCAUACCCUUUAAGUUCCCAGCACAAUGAUGCUGCAUUUAAAAAAAGGGAUAACUCUAUGCAAAGCAAAUCAGGAAAAGUUCCAUCCUAUGCAGAGGCAAAAGAAAAUCCACUUCCUCAAGAAUCCAUAGAUUAUAAUAAUCAAAAACGUGGGAAAAGAGAAAGCCAAACAGCAAAUCCUGAUCAUUUUUAUGAUAGGAAACCACGAACAAUAAAUAAUGAAGCUUUUAGUGGUGUAAAAAUUGAAAAACAUUUUAAUGUAAAUGCUGAUUACCAGAAUCCUGUCCGAACGAAUAGUUUCAUUGGUGUUCCAAAUGGAGAGACAGAAAUGCCACUGAAGGGAAGGCGAGUAGGACCUAUUAAGCCAGCAGGACCCAUCACAGCUACACCCUAUGAUGAUAAAAUGUUUUACAAUAGUGGACCCAAAAGAAGAUCUGGGCCAAUUAAACCAGAAAAAGUACUAGAAUCAUCUAUUCCUAUGGAGUAUGCAAAACUGUGGAAACCUGGAGAUGAAUGUUUAGCACUUUAUUGGGAAGACAACAAGUUUUACCGAGCAGAAGUUGACGCUCUUCAUUCUUCAGGUAUGACAGCAGUUGUUAAAUUCAUUGAUUAUGGAAACUAUGAAGAGGUGCUACUAAGGAACAUCAGGCCCAUUCAGACAGAGGCAUGGGAAGAAGAAGCCACCUAUGACCAAACUCUUGAAUUCCGUAGAGGAGGUGAUGGCCAGCCAAGACGAUCCACUCGGCCAACCCAGCAGUUCUACCAACCUCCCCGGGCUCGGACCUAAUGUGAGAAGAGUCUUUGUGAAGAAAGGAGCUGUUGACUGAAACAUCCUGGUCAAAACCUGUUGAUAGACCUCCUACUUUCCCUUCAGAAUAAGAUGGAGCCAUGGUGGAUAUUAUUAUUUGGAGAACUAAAAGACAGAUUUUAGGGGGAAAAAAUUCAACCCACAUAAAGAAUGGGGAAAAAAUACAAUAAAUAAAGCAAAUACCUUUUACAAGUGAAAGAAUUUUUUCUUCUGCCAUCAAUAAAAC